GCAAAAUGAAUAACCAAAAUCAACCUCUUUAUUUGGUUGAUGAAUUAUCCUUUUCUCCAAAUAAUAGACUUUCAGUACCUCAUAUUGACAGAAGAAUUAAUUACAAAGAAAAGGAAGAGCUUCAUAAUAGAGAUUAUCGAUUGCCUAUGAGAAAUAUUUCUUCCACCAUAGCUAAUUCAUGGAAGAACGAGUCUGAGCUUGUUAUUGAGCAUUACGAAUAUAUCGCAAAAGAAGCAAAUAAGAUUUUUAAAAAAA